AUGGUCGUGUUUGACAGCAGUAUUCGUACCAGUCGGAUGUCAUCCUCCGUCACAAUUGCUCUCAUGCCAUCCACUACUGCUGCUCUGCUGGUGGUGUCGGAUACUGCUGCUCUGGUGGUGGUGCAGGGUACUGCUGCUCUGUUGGUGGUGCUGGGCACCGCUGCUCUGGUGUUGGUGCCGGGUACGGCUCAGCGCUCUGGUGGUGGUGCCGGGCACUGCUGCUCUGGUGGUGGUGCUGGGCACUGCUCAGCGCUCUUCUGGUGGUGCUGGGCAACGCUGCUCUGGUGGUGGUGCAGGGUACUGCUCAGCGAUCUGCUGGUGGUGCGGGGUACUGCUUCUCUGCUGGUGGUGCCCAGUACUGCUGCUCUGGUGGUUGUGCCGGGUACUGCUGCUCUGGUGUCGGUGCCGGGUACUGCUGCUCUGGUGGUGGUGCUGGGCACUGCUCAGCGCUCUUCUGGUGGUGCCAGGCACCGCUGCUCUGGUGGUGGUGCAGGGGUGUCUGUAUUGUUGAAUGCUGCUUCUGUGGUGGUGAGUAUGAUGGGUGUUGCUGCUGCGAUUGCCAUCCUGAAUCCUCCUGCUGCUGUGACUGCCAUCAUGGGUCCUGCUGCUGCUGCUGCUGCUGAGGUGGUAACGGCCCUGGGUAUUGCUGCUGCAGAGGUGGCCGUGGUGGGUGCUGCUGCUGUCGUCCAUGGUUCUGCUGCUGCUGCUUCUGCUGCUGAGGUGGUAACGGCCCUGGGUAUUGCUGAUGCUGCAGAGGUGGCCGUGGUGGGUGCUGCUGCUGUCGUCCAUGGUUCUGCUGCUGCUGCUUCUGCUGCUGAGGUGGUAACGGCCCUGGGUAUUGCUGAUGCUGCAGAGGUGGCCGUGGUGGGUGCUGCUGCUGUCGUCCAUGGUUCUGCUGCUGCUGCUGCUGCUGAGGUGGUGGCGGUGCUGGGCGAUGCUGCAGUGGUGUUUACGAUGCCGAUUCUGUGGUGCUAG